AUGGAGGACGAUGCAAUGCUAGUAGGCCAGGCACAAAUAUGGCAGUACCUAUACGGAGCUUUUGACGGCAUGGCUCUACGAUGUUGUGUUGAGCUCCGUAUUCCGGACAUAAUAAGCAAUAACAAUUGCCCUACAACAUUGUCAGAAAUUGCAAGUGGCAUCGACUCUCUCUCCAUAGAUGUUGAUGGGCUUAGACGACUCAUGAGGUUCAUGGUCUACAGAAAGGUGUUCGAUGAAGAAGAUGGUGAGGGAUCAGAAACAGUUUACUCCCUGAACCACUGCUCUAAGUUGUUGUUAUCGAGUACAAAUGUGACUUUGGCACCAUUGGUUAUGAUGUUUACGAAUCCAGUCCUUAGUUUGCCCAUUAAUGCGCUAAGUCAAUCGGUUAAAGAAGGUGGUACGACAUUUAAGCAUACCCAUGGAGAAGAAUUCUUUAAUUUUGCUGCUUAA